AUGUCGUCUCGUGUCUGGCUUAUCACUGGUACCAACUCGGGUCUGGGUCUCGCUCUGGCUGAGCACGUCCUCUCGCAAGGUGACAAGGUUAUCGCGACUGUACGGAACAUUGCAAAGCUACCAGCGUCCCUCAAGAGCGUAUCGCCUUUGGAGCUCGAUCUCAACUCUUCUCCAGAGGACAUCAAGGCAGUCGGGCUCAAGGCCUUAGAAAUAUACGGGCACGUCGAUGUACUCGUCAACAACGCUGGGUAUGGCAUCGAAGUCCCAAUGGAGGAGCUCAGCCCCACAGAACUUGUCACACAAUUUCAGGCCAACUUCUUCAGCGCCGUCUAUCUCAUUCAAUCCUUACUCCCCGCCUUCCGUGCACGAAAGUCGGGCACCGUCUUGAACAUCUCUUCGAUUGCCUCUACCGACCCUGCUCCCGCGCUCACAGCUUACAGCGCAUCCAAGGCCGCUCUCGACGCCAUGUCGGAGGCGCUCGCGCAGGAGCUUACCCCGUGGGGGAUCCGUAUCUUCAUCGUACAGCCUGGGUUCUUCUUGACGAACUGGCAUGCCAAUGCCACUUCCAUUGGAGCGGAAAGUCGCCGCGCCGCGGAAGAGUCGAGGAAGACGGGGGUAUACGCGGACCUUCAUGGAUGCAUGGGACGCACCCUGCAUGGGAAUCUGACUGUCCGACAGGUCGGGGAUCCAAGGAGGGCUGCACAUAGGAUGUACGAUGUGGUCACUGGGACAGGGCUCGUAGAAGGCUUGCAGAUUAAGGGGGGUUGCCCACGCAUCUUGUUGGGCAGAGACUCGGGCGAGCGGUUCUUGGAGAAGGUGCAGGCUUUGCAAGAGAAUGCGGAGAGUACGAAGACGAUAUGGAGUGCGACGGACUUGGACCCAGUGAGGGUCGAGGAGAUGAGGAAGGAGGCUGGCAUACACUGA